AUGUCAUGGGAGAUCGUCCCAGAGCUGGGCCCACAGUUUCAAGGAGAAAAGGUGAUCGAUGGCAAAUUUAACUGCACAAUAAAAGGAGUCUAUUUCUUCAGUUUCCACAUCUCAGCAAAGUCCAGAGUGUGUGUGAAGCUGAUGAAGGGAGAAGAAAGUCACAUGACGCUGUGUGACAGCUCUGAUGCUUUCCUGGUCACGUCUGGCUCAGCCGUUCUGGAGCUGAAUCCUGGAGACCAGAUUUCUGUGGUGCCAACCAGGUUCAACGGCCUUCUUACGAGCCAGAGCAGCACCAGCCACACCUUCACAGGCUUCAUGAUCUUCCCCACCUUGUAAACCAACCAGGCUCACACUGUUGCACCACAGGAACCUUCAACCGGCUGCAGGAAUUCUUCUCUGGUGAAAACGGAGUAAUCGCCUGACGUUAGAAAGGAUGGAUCUUCAUGUUUUCUCUGAAUAUUAAAAUAUUUUCAUGUUCCUGGUGAAUUAUCCUUUAGAAACGGUUUGCAAUCUUUGACCCAGUUUAAAUAAAAUGAAA